GACUUUAAAGUCUUACCACAUGUCACUGUGUUUUUUUCUACACACAAUUGCCGUGUUGCUCUGCAUGCCGGUACUUGGCCCGUGAUGACAAACUGCAAACCGACACCAAAGGCGCCAGUGACACUCAGCACUCUUGAAUGAAUUGAACUUUUGCAUCUUCAUACACCUCCAGGUAAAGUUUCUGAAGUUGGCAAUUGUCAAUUCCAAUUCUGGACCGCCUAUAGAUCGAGCGGCGCAUGCAAUCUCUCAACUACGCAAAGUCUCUGGCCGCUGUAUACAGGCCACUUACACUGGGCGUAGCUCAACUGAACCUUUCACCACCAACCUUCAGCACAUACUCAUUCGCGGCAAUGGCGGCCACACGGCGAUCCGCGCGCAUCAGCAACAACAAGGCAAGCACUCAAGAAGCGGCCGAAGCAGCGAAGACUACCGCAAACCCAGCCCCAAUUGCUCACAAGGAGAACAAGAGAAAGAGAAAAGCAGCUCCUGAGCCCGAGCCCUCGGCGCCCAAAACACCGACCAAGAAGCAGCGCCCAAUUGCUCCCCCCUUAACACCCACCACCAGCGUCCUUGACCUCAAUGGGACCAAAGGCACCGCCCACAAAUCCGUCACUCGCCUCGCAGACCCCAGAUUCUCCAAUGCGACGCUGCUGUCUCCGGAGACAUCACGAAUAGUCGCUUCGCGCGAUGUGGAAGCGGUGUCACCGUCAAAGGUGCCGUCAAUUGGUCUCAAGCCUACGACCACGGCCACAAUCCUGCAGGAGGCAUGCGACCAUAUGAUCAAGGUUGAUGAGCGAAUGAGGCCCUUGGUUGAGAAGCAUCACUGCCGCAGCUUCUCUCCUGAAGGACUGGCGGAGAAGAUUGACCCGUUCGAGAGCCUGGUAAGCAGCAUCAUAUCGCAGCAGGUCUCCGGCGCGGCAGCCAAGUCCAUCCAGAACAAAUUCAUUGCCCUCUUCUACCCCCCUGAGGAUGGCGAUGCGUCUUCUCAACCUGCCGAUGGCGACGCUCCAUCCAAGCCCAAGCAGAGAUUCCCGAUCCCAUCCGAAGUUGCGGCAUGCUCAAUCGAGCGGCUGCGCACCGCCGGCCUCUCGCAGCGCAAGGCAGAGUAUGUGCAGGGCCUCGCCGAGAAGUUUGCCAGCGGCGAAAUCACGGCCAAGAUGCUCCACGAUGCGCCAUACGACGAGCUCAUGGAGAGGCUCAUCGCCGUUCGUGGGCUGGGCAAGUGGUCCGUCGAGAUGUUUGCCUGCUUUGCCCUCAAACGAAUGGACGUCUUUUCCCUGGGCGACCUGGGCGUUCAGAGAGGCAUGGCUGCCUUUGUUGGACGAGAUGUGGCCAAGCUCAAGAGCAAGGGAGGCAAGUGGAAAUACAUGUCGGAGCAAGACAUGGUGGAACUGUCGGACAAGUUCGUACCGUAUCGGAGUUUGUUUAUGUGGUACAUGUGGAAGGUUGAGGAGACUGAUGUGAGUACUAUGGAGAAAUAAGCAGCACGUUCUAUGUGUGUACGUGUGAUUCCUAGCUGCAUAAAGCAAGGUAAGUUAGAUAGUUCAUACUAUGGUCGGAUUUAUAGCAUGGGAUGGGUCUUUUAAAGUAAGGUAUUAAUAGCAUUUUCAACACGAACUUUAAAGAGGAAAUUGGCGAGCCCGCACACCCAUCGUCACUUUAAUCUACGAGGGAAUGCGUCCUAAAUUUUAGGUUCAGGACGGACUUGAG